UACACCCAAUGGCCAGAGGUGGAGGGAGACGCUGAACCCUCUCGUAAGAAAGUCAGUGAGGAAGGCCCAUGGUGAUUGGUGCCCGCUCUCACUCACCACAUCCUCUGCAUCUCCCCGGCCUGCGGGCCUUAGUCUUCGCCUAGCUGCUCCACACCAGCCCGGCAGACCGUGAGCUAUGCCAUCGGCACCUGCGGCCCUUCUCUUCCUUGGUGGGCUGUGUCUGAGCCAGAGCACCGGCACACAGCAGCAGACCCUCUCCAAACCUGUCAUCUGGGCCAAACCCAGUUUCAUGAUUCCCAAGGGACACCCAGCGGUCAUCUGGUGUCAGGGACCCCACCAGGCUGUUGAGUACCAGCUGCUCUUCGAGGGGGGCCUUUCUGCCUUAGACAGACCGAAGUCACCUGGAAGCGUGAACCGGGCCAAGUUCUCCGUCCAGGCCAUGAGCUCCAACACCGCAGGGCAGUACCAGUGCCUCUACCGAAGCGGGGAGCGCUGGUCCCAGCCCAGCGACCCUCUGGAUCUGGUGGUCACAGGGCUGUACGACACACCCGCCCUCUCUGUUCAACCCAGACCCGAGGUGACCUCAGGAGAGAACGUGACCUUCUCCUGCCGUCUAGAGACAGCAACAAGCAUGUUCUUCCUGCUCAAGGAGGGGAGGUCCAGCCGCCCGCAGCACGGAUACGGGACUAUGCAGGCGGAGUUCCCCAUGGGCCCGGUGACCAGGGCUCACGGAGGGACAUACAGAUGUUUUGGCUCCUACAACAAGCACGCAUGGUCUUUCCCCAGUGAGCCUGUGAAGCUCCUGGUCAAAGGAGGUGGCGAGGACACCACCUUUGCACCCACAGAGCACACCUCUUAUCCUGACGGCUGGGACCCCUACAUGUUAACCGUAGACACCCGGAUCCAGAAAGAGCCUGACCUCUGGGAUCACACUGGCCAGAACCUCCUUCGCAUGGGCAUCGCUUUCCUGGUCCUGGUGGCCCUCGUGGGGCUCCUGAUUGAAGACUGCCUCCACAGGAAGAGACGGCAAGACAGAACCCACGGGGCUUCAAGUAGGGGAUGCAGGAGAAGGCCCAGAACACAGAGCCCCCUGGAGAAAUGACCAAGACGUGCGGGGGGCCACAGGGAGCUCGGAUGCUGGUCCCCACCUUGGGCUGUGGGGAGCUCUGGGUUGUACCCACGGAGGAGGGGGUCGCAUGGCAGCAAAGUGAAAGGGAACUGCGUGGACUCUGGCAGGAUGGGGGAUGAAGACGCUAGAUUUUUUUCUGCAGACAAAUCCCAUUGUCCCUUCCCAGCUCUAAGUAUGGUUAGGACUGCUUCCUGCCCACCGCAAUCUCCACUGCGCCCAUCGUUCCGAGAACGUCUUCUUGAACAGCAUGGCAGUGGGAUGUCUGCCUUCCUGGUUCUGUCUUUAUCUCUCUCUCUUCUCUGCCUCUGCCAUUCCACAUAUGUAAUAACUGGUCCAGAAACUGGCAUUUAUCAAAAGGCACAGGAGGCAGAGAGGCAAAAACCAGCCAAUGGAAAUGCAGACUAUAAAUGAACAGCACAGCGACGGAAACGUGUCCGGCUGGAUGGCAACCGUGCCCCGAUUCCCUCUGUCCUUGGCCUUUGUAGGAUUCCAUAUUCUUCACCUCUUUAUCCACACUUUGCCUUAUUCUUUGGGUCUCUCAGAAGAAACAUCCUCCAAGGAAACUUCCCACAUCCUCCCGCCUGACUUAAGAUACUACCUCUAUACUCCCUGAGCACCUGCAAUUUCUCCACAGCAGCACCUGAACCCCAAUACUGCCCCCCGGCCCGCUGUCCUGUAUCUACUGUGACCUCAUGUGAAUUAAAUGUAUGUCAGAUUUAA